CCCUUUAAAGAAAAAAGAAAAAAGAUAGAAAGAGAGAAUCCGACCGCUGCACUACAUUGAAUAACCGAUUGUAUGGGAAUCCCUCUUCAACCAAUAUACACAUAUCGACACUUGAACGGAGAGAAAUGAAGAAAGAACGUGCAAUUUGUAUAUACAACAAAUAAACACCAGGCGCAUUUUGGGUUUUUCUAGGUAAUAUAACCAAGGUUGUCGUGUGGGCUAUGCGAUUGUGUGAAUUGUAACCAUAUUGGGUCACUGACAUAGGCUAUAGACUUCUCGUUCGCGUGGACUUCAAAAAACGAAGAAAAAGAAGAAACGAUACACAAAAGAAGAGGGAGAAAAUUGGCUGAAACGUGUGAGCCAGUGGAAAGAGUGCACGAUAGGUGUUUUCAGUCUCGUUACGUCUUGGUCGUAGCCUAAUGCUUUGGGGAAGAAAAAAAUUGACGAAUAUUAAGAAGGACAGUACACACAGUGAGGAAGACCGGUAGAAGAAAGAAACAGCAGGGAUUGAUUGACAAAGAUUGACGACAUUAAGGGAGGGAGGAAAGAUGUGUAUUGGAAAUUGAGAAAAAUGUGCUAGUAUUUUGAGGCGAGACACCGCCGCCACUGGGUGAGAGAGACAUAAUUAGGCACACAGCUAGUAGACAAGCCCAGUACUGUUAUUAAUACGUUGCAAUAACAGUUACCACAAUAAUAACAAACAUCCAAUUAACCAGUUUCAUUGCCUAUUAAAUAUUUUAAUUAUCUCGAAAAGAGACGCUACUGAGAACCGAAGAGAAAUUGGAAAAUUUUAUCUUUUCGAUUAUAAAACAAAAAUCAACGUUUUGUUUGCGUGUGUGUGUUGAUGUGCGUGUGUUAUACACGCACACUGUACACAGACACGAACCGAUCCCGACCAAAACCAAACUCCUCCUUCCCCCCUCCUCCCUCCGUUCUCUCUCUCCUCCUCUCCCUCCCCCCGGUCCCUUAUGCUCAGUUCAGUGUGUGUCUCCUCUUUCAAAGGGCGCAAGGGUGGGAACAAGUCGUCCAACAAAGCAUGUUACAGUGCAGACAUGACUUGUCCGCCAGAAAGCGAGAAAAUAGUGAUAAACUGCGGGGGGGUGAGACACGAAACCUACCGCAGUACCCUAAAGACGUUGCCCGGUACCCGCUUAUCGUGGCUCACAGAGCCGGAUGCAUUUAACAACUUCGAUUAUGAUCCCAAAAAUGACGAGUUCUUCUUUGAUCGCCACCCGUCCGUCUUUUCUUUCAUCCUCAACUACUACCGGACUGGAAAGUUGCACUGUCCGAACGAUGUAUGCGGUCCACUGUUCGAAGAAGAGUUGGCGUUUUGGGGCAUCGACGAGACGGACGUUGAGGCGUGCUGCUGGAUGAAUUACCGACAACACAGGGACGCGGAGGAAGCGCUGGACAGUUUUGAGACUCCAGAGCCUGACCCUCCCGAAGAUGACCCCGCACUAGGAGGAGCGGAUGGGGACCUGAAAAGACUGUGUCUGCAAGAGGACGGAAGGAAAGUCGGCUGGUGGCGCGUUUGGCAGCCCAAAAUUUGGGCGCUUUUUGAGGAUCCCUAUUCAUCUAAAUAUGCCCGGUAUGUGGCAUUCGGCUCCCUCCUGUUUAUCCUCAUCUCCAUCUCCACCUUCUGCCUGGAGACGCAUGAGGCCUUCAACACCAUCUACAACAAGACAGAAAAUGUGACGGUGGGCGAUGUCACACGGGAGGAGACUGUCUUCGAGGUGGUCACCGACAGCUGGCUGACCUACGUGGAAGGUGUGUGUGUCAUCUGGUUCACCAUUGAGGUCCUGCUCCGUGUCAUUUUCUGCCCGGACAAGGCUGAGUUCUUCAAGAGCGCCCUCAACAUCAUCGACUUUGUUGCAAUCCUGCCUUUCUACCUGGAGGUGGGGCUGAGUGGCCUUUCCUCCAAGGCGGCUAAGGACGUGCUGGGCUUCCUGCGAGUGGUGCGCUUUGUUCGAAUCCUGAGAAUCUUCAAGCUGACCCGACAUUUUGUGGGUCUGCGCGUCUUGGGCCACACCCUAAGGGCCAGUACCAAUGAAUUCCUUCUCCUCAUCAUCUUCUUAGCCUUAGGUGUCCUGAUCUUUGCCACCAUGAUCUACUAUGCUGAGAGGAUUGGUGCUAACCCAGACGACCCCACUGCCAGUGCCCACACAAACUUCAAGAACAUCCCCAUUGGGUUCUGGUGGGCAGUGGUGACCAUGACAACACUUGGCUAUGGGGAUAUGUAUCCAGUCACAUGGUCAGGGAUGUUGGUGGGAGCGUUGUGUGCUUUAGCUGGUGUGUUGACCAUUGCUAUGCCUGUCCCUGUCAUUGUCAACAACUUUGGGAUGUACUACUCCCUGGCCAUGGCCAAACAGAAGCUGCCCAAAAAGAAGAACAAGCAUAUCCCCAGGGCACCCCAGCCUGGAUCGCCCAACUACUGCAAACCUGAUGCCCUUGCAAUGGCCACUGCCUCACCCCAGAGAAUCCUCGGAAAUGUUUUGGGUGGGCUUGUUGGGUCAGGAAAUGUUGGAGGAGACUGUCCCCUGGCACAAGAAGAAAUUAUUGAAAUCAACAGAGACGCCAAGCAGAAUGGAGAUGCUGCCAAUGCUGCCCUGGCCAAUGAGGACUGCCCGACGAUCGACCAGGUGCUGAGCCCGGAGGAGAAGAGCCCAGCGGCGGGAGGGGGUGGAGUUGGGCGGGAACGCUACCAGCACGAUCGCGCCUGCUUCCUGCUCAGCACCGGCGAGUUCAGGGCCACAGAUGGGAAUGUGAGGAAAGAAGCCGCUGCCGCUAGCCCUGGCCGCCCUAUGGCCGAGGAAUGGUAUAAACCGGAGGGUCAUCUGUUACAUCAAGACCUCAAUGCAAACUCCGCCUCCUCCUGGAUCAAACCAUAACACACAGAGUCCAAUGACUGAAAGGUUCAAAAUGUUGAGUUUCUAAAAUCCUCCUUUUCUCUAAAGAAGAAAGUAUAAGAUUGAUCAGUUGAUCAUGAAUUCACGGAUGGAGCCUCAUUACCAAGAUGUGAGACACAGAUCGAGGGACAGCGAUGAUAGGGACAGAGAAGAAAAUAUGAAUUGUGAAGUCAGAACUGUAACCAAAGCAACCUCAUGGGACUUCUGCAACUCCAGCUUCUGUGGACUUCUGUGGCAACCUGCAAACAAGCGGAGAGAUCCAUGGACACACUCAAAAACCAACAGCGUCCUAAUGCACCACAACACUGCGAAAGCUGAUUCUCACUACCACACCAACUGACUGCUGCGAUGAUUCCCUGAGCAAGUAACGAUACUCAAAUGCAUCAACUGACUAAGUGACUUAAGCCCCAUGACCAAACAUGUAGCAUCUCUGCUAACACACUGUAGCAUUUGUUGGCCGAGAACAGACUGACAGACACCCUUUUAACUGACAGGAUGAAUAGACUGACAUGGAACAACUCACUGAUGCAUGCGUGUCUUAUCUCUGUUCCGUCCUACCCUUAAACCUAUUUGCACGAGAGACUUUAGAACCAACCCUUGCCAUAACAGAUGAAAGUGAGAUACGCACCCCUAUACCUUCCACCGCUGAAAACAGGCAAUAUGGAUUGGAAAAGGAAAAAGGUACCUAGUGUUAGAAAGUGAUAUGGAAAAUGGACACAGAACAAUGAUUUUUCUCUACCACUCAUUUAUUCUGUCGUGAAUCUGCUGGGACUUGACCCUGUGCACUCUCCAUGUUCACUCAUCAUACUGCAUCAACCAACCCUCAGUUUAUUUGAGAAUUAAGCUGCAAAACCCUCCUGGGACUCUUCAAAGAAUCUUCCCUGGUGGAUUCUCAUACAGCUGAGCACAUUUAGACAGAACCAAGACAGGGAUACACCAUCAGCAUUAUUUUGCAAAAGAAAUCAAAGUGCAAUUUCUUUGGUAACAGUAUCCUUAACCACUGGGAAAUGAAUCAACAUCAAAACUGACUUCAGUUGUUCCCCUGGAUUCUAUGCGACUGAGUACCCAUCAUAGCUACACAAUCAUAACAACCAGACUCACUUCUUACUACACUGUGCUCUUCAGUAUGCCUCCCUCCACAUUGCUUUCCACUCUUCAAUACACUUUUUCUCUAUUACUCCUCUCUAUGCAUUACUCCUCACCCUACAUUACUCCUCUCUCUGUAUUACUCCUCUGUCUGCAUUACUCCUCACUCUACAUUUUGCUCCUCUCUCUGCAUUACCCCUCACUCUACAUUUUACUCCUCUCUCUGCAUUACUCCUCACCCUACAUUACUCCUCUGUCUGCAUUACUCUUCUCUAUGCAUUACUCCUUUGUCUGUAUUACUCCUCACCCUACAUUACUCCUCUCUCUGCAUUACUCUUCUCUAUGCAUUACUCCUUUGUCUGUAUUACUCCUCACCCUACAUUUCUCCUCUCUCUGCAUUACUCCUCACCCUACAUUUUACUCCUCUCUCUGAAUUACUCCUCACACUACAUUUUACUCCUCUCUCUGAAUUACUCCUCACACUACAUUUUACUCCUCUCAGAGCAUUACUCCUCACACUACAUUUUACUCCUUACUCUGCAUUACUCUACUUUCUGCAUUACUCCUCUCUCUACAUUACUCCUCUCUGAAUUACUCCUCUCUCUGCAUUACUUUUUACUCUUUUCUCUUCCAUCCUUACACAUUCUGUACUUUCCCCCUCAGAUAAAAUGGACUGUAAAAGAAAAAAAAACAUCUUAUAUUAAGACUUGAUUGCCAUCAAUUAUUUUGUACUUACAAAUUUUCAGACUUUCUAUGACUCCCAUCUCUCCAUUUUACUUGUUAGACAGCCUCAGUUAUAAAAGGCCAAUCAUAUUCAGACUGACCAUGCUUGAUAGUCUAACAAAAAACAAUGAAAUUGCAAUACACUGGCAUCUAUGAUAAACAAAGAUUAAAUAUAUUUCAUGAUGUAAUUGGGGGUGUUCAGACUAAACCCAAAGACUGAUGGGUAUCCCAAUUGUACCAAAGCUGUAACAAUGGUUCUGAAAAGUAAGAGCAAGGUCUUGGCUAAGGUGAUGGGGAAUGGAACUUUGUGUCAUUUUAAACUUAUUUUUCUACCCCAAAUUAAUAAUUGUACAUUCUUACAGAAGAGAUUUCCAUGGUAACAUUUCCCACACCAUUACCAGUCUUCCAUUAGUUACCAUUAUUUUUAUAAAAACAAUUAUAUAUGAUAUAAGAAGAUAUACUAAAUGUGGUACUAUAUAUAUAUAUAUAUAUAUAUAUAUAUAUAUAUAUAUAUAUAUAUAUAUAUCCCUAGUCUGAAAUAGCCCCCUACACUGUGAAUUCAUUGACAGUAAGUUCAUUAACAGACACUUAUUCAGUCAAGUAUACUGCCUAGAUGUUGGACCUAAGCGUGUGUUGGGAAUAGAAUAAAAAAAACCCAACAUGUGACCGGAUCCUAAUUUUUAAACCACAUUGGUUUUGAGAGCUAUAUGGAAGAAUAAACAAUGCACUCACCUGAGCCAAUUUAUCAUCCAUAAAUAGAUUGGAUAAGGUCCUGUGCAAGAUCACUAGAGUCUCACACAUCCCAAUCCCAAAGCCUUACCACAUAACCUACUAAACAAAAUGGACCAGGAGGCUCCCCAUGGAGCCAGCUUAUAUCAUCCGUGGAAGCAAAUUAGCUCAUCCACCUUCACAUUUUGACAUAACCCAGCAAUGCCCUGACCAUGAUACAAGUAGCACUCAACUUUGUACUUCGAAUUGUGUGAUGAUCAGAGUCAUCCAAUCACCUAGCUAAGCCCAUUGUCAUUAAAGGUGCCCAAUGACAACCUUCUCACAGCCAACACAAAAACCAAUCAAAGGGCCCCAGCUUCUUCAGUGGUUCCUUUUUGAAGGCAGUACAUUGAGCCAGUAUGACAUUGUAUCUCACCUGUCCAAAAUAAUUAUCAAAUGUACUUUUUAGUCAUAUACCCAGGAUCAGCCUUAAGCCAGCAACCUGGAUAAUUUAGCUAAACCAUCCGUUGUGUUAUAUUUUGUCACAAUCUAUUUUAAAUCAGUAAUCCAAUCAAACCAAGCAAACAAAAAGCAUCAAUCCACUGAAUCAACUGUCAACAAAGAUCAACUCCACCACCUCUUUGGUGAAGAAACUGAAUAAUCCAUGUGGAGCUAAUUAUCCUGCUGCUAAAUGGAAUUUAUGCAUUGUUUGAAAUACUCAACAAAAAAAACCCACAUUUACUGCCCAUAAUCUCAAACAAAUUAGGUUCUUGUACCAUGAGCAUGUGAUUAACUGAAUGAACUGAGGAGAAUAAAUAGGGGACAGACAUUUCUUUCAAGGUAACAGCAAUUCAAUGGAACAUAUAUACCAACCUUGUAAUAUGUCUGCGUACAGUAAGACGGACUCACAUUCGUAUACUGAUACUGGUCACCAGCUGAAAGACCUGCUCUGCUCUCUGCUCUCUGAAUGAGAAGAAGUGUGCAUUGACCUUGACAGAGAAAGACAGAGAUUGGGCUCUAGAGACAAAGCGCACUAUCUCCCACUAAAAGCACUGAGGUUGGCUCUGGAGAAAUAGACACUUUAUGAGGACACUUUAAGUCAUAUCAAAUAAAUUCAGGUUGUGAGUACUCCUCUGCAUUGCUGUUUUUGCAAGGGAUAGAAAGCAGUGACAAAACAGUGUGGAUGGACACACUGCUCUCUCUCUCUCUCUCUCUCUCUCUCCCUCUCUCUCUCUCUCUCUCUCUCUCUCCCUCUCUCUCUCUCUCUCUCUCUCUCCCCCCCCUUUUACUCUGUUCAAUGUUUCUUUGUGUGACCUCUGUACAGCAUUGCAUGGCAUGAGAAGAAGAAGAGAGAAUGAGCAAGAGAAAAGGAUGGAGUGAAAGAAGAAUUACGAAUGCCAGUGAACAUAUAUAAAACAUAUAUAAAAUCAAAUAUAUUUGGGGGAACACCUACACGUGGGUACUAAGAAUUAAAUGGUUUUUAAUGCAAUGCAAAAUUCCUGAUGUCCUACCUACCAAGCUUACCUGGCUGCCAACAUCUACAAUUAUAAUUAAAAUUGUACUGGAAGUGCUUCAUUGCAGAGAUAACAAAAACAGAAUGGAUUCAAGUACUACAACGGUGAUGACGUUGGUAAACAGUUGUCUUCUGCAUCAAAAAUGGAAUAUUCAGGACUGGCAAAUGAAAGGGAGAUAAAAAAAGGCAUUGCAACUCUGAAAGGACAGAAUGAACACAAAAAAACAAGAGAGAGAUGAACAAUUUCAUAGACAAAAACAGACAAAUCAAAAAAAAGAAGAAAAUGCAUUUUUGUUACUUUGUUUACCAGCAUGACUAUUCUGCAUGACUUUACUUCUACAAGCCCUUACUUGAAGAUGAAGGGGCUGGGAAUUCAAAAAAGAACAAACUGAAGAAUAAAACAGAGAAAAAAACAAUAUGUUAUAUGCAACUAAAAGGGGGGCUGAAAACAGGACUAUAUUAAAAAAAGAGGAUCUAUAUUUUGUUUUUGAUUAAUAAAAAGGUGAAUAAAUAAAAAAAUAUCUAGGAUUGCAAGAUACACAUCGAACUGUUUUAUUAGAUAUAUGAUACAAUCCCACAAAAUCUGUGUACACUGCAAUUAACUUUUCUUGCUCCAUGUACCACUACUAUCUCUUUACCUUCUAUUUCUCUCACUCUAUGAUGGCUACUUGUUUUCUGAAUUCUCUGCUCCCAUCACUGGUAUUUUUAAACAUUGUUGCUAUCAUGAUAUCAAUAGAUCGACUGUCCUUUUAUUGGGUUCAUAACAUUCUUUUUCCUUUUUUUCUGUACAACCCAUCAGAGGUUCCGAGGACAGUACUUCCCCAAGAGCACAUUCCAAAGAAGAGUGGCAGUACUUUUGAUUUUCAAAUAGUUUUCCUCCGUACAGUGUCCUGCAGCUUUGCUAUAGAUGUCUAUCUGAAUUGGCAAUAAUAAUCUGAGAUAUUAUGAUAAGGGGCAAGUUAGUUGUUUUCCAUUUAACCAGAAAUCUGAUCAAAUGUCUUUACGGGUGCCCUUGAAUGGAAUCACAUUUGGACUUGUUCUUGGGAAAGUAGCCUGAUGUUUUGUCAUUUGGUGUAGACAACAUAGUACAGUGGUUUCAGUUGAAAAGGGCUGUAUCUGGUAUUACAAUGCAAAGCAAUGUUUGUUCAAUGAAGACAUCUGAUUUAUUUUACGUGUCUGACAAAAAAAUAACAUAUUUAACUAACAUAAAAAAUAUAUUUAUUUUUUUCAUGUUCAUUACUUCUCUGCAAGCAAAAACAGAAGACAAAACAAUAAUGGGUGUAAAGGACUAAGGUGUAUUGCUGUUGGCGCCAUUCACAGAUGUUGAAAAUAGUGUUUGUUUUAAUGAAAGCAGAGUUGCGGGGGGAAGUCAGUGGCAAUCUGGAAUUCAACUAAAAUGUUACCUCUACAGUGCAUGCACACACCAGCCGCUACCCCUCUUGAGUGUCAAAUCUAAAAGCAUAGCGAGAUGGAAAGGAUGAAUUUAAUACUUUGCAUUUGUUUAUUACAUUUGAGAGUAAGCUUGCCAAGUUUAUGGACAAAUGUUAGCAAAAAUAUAUGGAUUGUAUUCUUGGCCCACUGCCACCACUCUCCCAUGUGUAGCUCAAUAAGAUAUACUCAUCCUAUACAUACAAUAGCAUUCAAAAUUAUUUGCACCCUUGGCAACAAUAAGAAAAAAAGACUAUAAAAUAAACAAUGCAAGUAAUGACCUAUCCAUUUUGCUAAAAAAAAAAAUCUGUUAUUUCAUUUGGAACAGAUAGGUAUGGUUAGAUGAGACCAAAAUUAGGCUUUUUUGGUCACACCAUGCAGAUCUAAUCUCCCACAUAGACCAUGUUAUUUUCCAGAUAUUCUACCACACCCACCCCACCCCACCCCUACUCCCCCUGCUUACUGUGUCGUUUUGAAAUGUGCGCGAAGAAAUAGUAACAAAGUUUACACUGUGUAAAUGUUGAUGAAAUUUUUGCUUCAGGGAUAUGAAUUCUCAGUGAUGAGAAAUAUGAAAGGGUCUAGUUGUUUUGAAACAUUCAUGUCCAUAUUGUGCAGUUAGGUCAUGUGCAAAUAUAUUUUAAUAAGCUAUAAUCAUAAUAUUUCCCCAAACACUGCUUAGAGUGAACAAGGUGUACAAGGCCUUCCCUUUGGAGAUCUUAUCACAACUAGUAUUUUAGCUGAGAUGUCAAGGGUGGAAAUAUACCAUAACAGAAGGUUUCCCUGCCAGUAAACCGAACUCUAUAAUUUGUCUACACCUUAUCCUUGCCUGUAUGCACUUCUAUGUCAAAUAUUAACAGUUGUCCUGCUAAUGGGGAAAUGUUCGUAGUUAGAACAUGGGAGAAGUCUUUGAAUGGUCAGUGGCUGUAAUUAGGAUUUUAUCAUGUUAUGCUGUUCCACAGACCUUAAAACAUCUAUUUUGACUUGAAGAGUGGGGCCCAAGGCAAAGUGCACCCUCAGCCUGUUUUGUUCGGUGUGUUAAAGGCCCAGAGCCACUUGAUCUACAGUUACAGCUGUAGACACCUCCCGGAGCAAGUCUUCAAAUCAGCCCAGGCCCCUGUGCUGUCUCCCUUAGGCCUGCAAGGCUCAGAAGACUCAGUCAUUGACAGAGACGGAAGUGGCCCAGGCUGUUGCAGGCAUAUGACUUGCCAUCCCAAGAUAUAAAGGACAGUGUCACUCAUCACAGUAAGAGCUCCACCAAGUGGUAUGAUUUAGGUGUCAUGCCAGAAUGGGAAGCUCUUUAAUAAAUAAAACAAUAAAUGGAUAAAUAACAACUAGGCCGGGUUCAUUUAUCCAUUUAUUUGUUAUGUGUUCAUUCCAUUUGAGUUCUGUCUCUUAGCACCCUUGCCAAAUGUGUUCAUUUGUCCAUUUAUGAUUUAUGUUUCUUUGUUAUUAAAUACAGAAUUCCACAGUUAUUGUAGAAGGCACUGACCCACUUUUACAAGAGUCACGCAGAUUAACAUUUAGUUCACAGGAAGAAUCUUGAAUCUUGAAUAUAUUCCUGAGUCAAAAAUAUCUAUUCAAUUCAAUUUUCAAUUAAAAUUAAUUUGUGUAGCACUUAAAGAGACACUGUCACAGACACACACAAAAAACAGGAAAUUUGAAAAUUGGGAAAGACCAGACUGAAGUUCUACUGUGUCAUUGAACAAAAGACUUCAUUUAUAACCCCCAAAGAAUUCCAGUUGAUUAAAAAUUAUGCAUUAAAAUAUGUUGGCAUUAAAAUGCACCUCUUGUACAAGAUUCCUUGCAUAUAUAACACCCAACCUGAAAUAAUCAAUAGCCAUACUGAUUCACAUCUCCCAAUCUGUAAACAAAGCUAUGCAUGUUCAGUUGGUCCUGGGCUCCUAUCCAGAAUUGAAUUGGUGGUAUAAAAUGACAUGAUUUAAUAUUGGAAAUAAUUUGUUAUAACAUUUAUAUAAAGGGAAAAGAGCAGGAUACUACUAGGUACUGUGGCAACUUGAAUGUUUAUUUUUAUUUUUUUAUUUUUUUUGGGCGGGGGGGUUAUUGGCAAUCAGUCAUUUGAAAUGCAAAGGGAAAUUCAGAUACUACUACUACUACUACUAAUAAUAAUUAUAAUAAUAAUAAUAAUAAUAAUAAUAAUAACAAUAAUUGGGGUUAAAGUCACUGGGGUUGGGCCCAGGUGUUUGAAGGAAAUACAUGAUAGUUUCAGUUAUACCUACCCGUCAAUUAUAAAUACAGGGUAAAAUGUUCUAUUAACUAGAUCUCUGACCAUUGUACACCUGUUUGUAGCAUUAGAAUUUACAAAUGAUCAGGCAAAGGUAUGGGUAUAGAAUAAUACUGAGCAUAGCAACCAUGUCAUUGACAGACCUUCAGGUUUUUCUAGUGACUUUUUUAGGAAGAUUUACAUUACAUGUAGAUCUUGUCUUCACUGUCCAAAGAAACAUAUGACCGGGGAAAGUUGGUAGUGCCUUUUGUGGGACAUGUUUUAGCUGGCCAACAGACUGCCAAAUUGGUUUCAUUUGCUGUAUUCGUAGUUGCAUUUGUAGAGUGAUGAGGAGCAAAGAUGGAUCACAAGUCCAGUACUGCAGUCCAUCACAGGCCAGAAGCACAGCAGGCCUUCAUACCUUUCUCCCAGAAGCCCACAUGUAACAAAAACAUUUUUUUUAAAUCAAGCAGCAUUUGUAGCAUGGGUGUAAGACUAAAGGUUCAGUAUACUAAGAUUUUUUUGUAGUAUUUUUCCAGUCUUUAUCUUUUCUUUCCACUAAUGUCUUACUUUUUCAACAAUUAACAUCUUUGUGUGUACACUUUUCUUCUUUUCCUUUAAUUAUAAAGUAUAACCCAAUCCAGCUUAUUGCCAGACACCUUGCAAGGGCGCUUCACGCUGACUGGUCAAUUUGGAGAGAUAAUGUCAUUUUGAUGAGCAGGCAAACGGACAAGUGCUAAAUAUGGGUGUCUGUGGGAGUGUGAUGCUGUUCAUGUAGCCUCUCAGCCCGUUUCAAGAAGGGAGAGAGAUUUCCUUUGAGGAUGGUAGAGCCAGUGGCUGCUUUAAAAAAAGAGCAUGGUAUUCAGCUGACCAAAUCCAAGCUUAAUUUAUGUAACAUCAUUGCUUUAAAUAGACUAAUUAGCACUGUUUUUGGUAAUAACCUGGACUAGGUUAUGUCUCAUUUCCUGUUGUCAUAUGUUUUAAUUUUAUCUGUAUUUUUAUCAUUGUACUGAUCUGCAAUCCUUCUACCUUUCUUUCAUUAUUUAUUUUCUUCUCAAACUCUCUUCUCUCUUUCCUUAACAUACUUAAAGUUUGGCACAAAAUGUUCAGUGGAAGACUCAUUUGAUGUAGCACACACUCACACAUACAUAUGCAUGCACACACAUGCUAACACUCAAACACAAGCAUAUAAACACAUGGUUGUGGAAAGAAAGGUGAGAGAGAUGUUGGGGAAUAGGAUGGCAUUCGUAUAAAAUGACAGAAUAAAAUGGGACAGAGAAAGAGAGAGAGAAACAAGGAAAGACAUGAGGAAUUCACACUGCCCAAAACCAGUUUUGUAGAAAACUGCACAGUCCUGGUUAAAUGUAAAAAUAGCCUGUCCUAUGGAUUAAAUGGUGGUUCCACUGUCAGAGCAAUAAUUAGCUAGUUAAAACCCUGCCCAGCUUUUCUGCAGCAGAUUUUUUCACUGGAUUUCUUUUUUUUUUUUUUUGGUCCCAAUGUUUAUUUAGGGGCACUCUCAUCCAUAUACACAAACUGAAUAGGUAUUGCAUCCAUCUGGAUACUGUGCUUGAUUUUGAAUGAAUUGCAAGACUGCAAGUUUUGUCAUUGAAUAUGUAUCUAUGCAGGAUCGUGCUGUACAUAGGACUGAGACUGGACCAGACUUUAGCUGAAGCUCAUUGAAGGCAAAACCCCCUUGAAAAUAAUGUCAGUAGCAUCAGCUAGUAUCUUUACUUGAAGUCAAACACAGAACAUAUCAGGGGAGUUGGUUUUAGAAUUUGCUGGUAAUUAGUGCUAUUUUCUCUCUCUCUUUUUUCUACCUAACAUUCCUCUCUCCAAGCCCACAUUUUUCAUGUGCCUCUCUUUUUCUCCCUCCUUCACCAGUAAGGUAUUUUUGUAUCUCUUGCUCUCACUUUUUUUCCCACAUAUUGUUAUAAUGUUGAAUAACGCAUGUCAAAAAAAUGAAAAGCCAGAAUGAAGUAAUUCUUUUUCACUCUUUUUCUGUGUUGAUCUUGUUCUCUAUUGCAAUGAUGAUGAAAGGUCAUGUCUUAGAAACAGUACAUGUACUUAUUUUAGCUUACUGUUAUUGUGUAUUGUUUGGGUCAUAAUCAUUGCAGUUGAUAUUAUUAUCAUCAUUGUCAUUAUUUAUGAAUCAUCAUUUUGUGGUUUUGUUCUGUUUUGGUUUUCUUAGUCAUCUUGCUGUAUAUGUAGAAGCACACUUUGGUGACCUUUGUUUAAAGAUACUUCAUUACACCACUAUAAAAUAGAAUAUAUUAGAAAUGAUUAUAAUUAUUAUAUUAUUCACAUCAGCAGUAUUAUAUGCUAUUUGCUUUGUGAGAACAAAUAUUAAUGUGAGUACAGAUAUCCCAGGCUUAUUGUGUGAGCCUGAUACAGAGUUAACUAAUUCUUCUUGAAUACCUACAUUUCUUAAGACAGAGGGCAAGUACUAAACUGAUGUUGCCCAAUGGUUCAGUUUCAUGAACCAGUUGAAUGUGAAUUUUACUUUCAAAAUGUGGGAUUUAACAAACUGGUUUUCUAGACAAAUGGAUGCUUUCCUGUAUGUCUGAUAUAUAUUAUAUACAGUAUAUAUAUAUAUAUAUAUAUAUAUAUAUAUAUAUAUGUGUGUGUGUGUGUGUGUGUGUGGGUGUGUGUAUAUAUACAUAUAUAUAUAUAUAUAUAUAUAUAUAUAUGUCAGCAACAUUGCAACAUGUGGAUUGUUAGUGUGUUCAUCCUCAUCAUGUGCCUGUAGUCCUGGUUCUUGUUCACCUUACCCUGUAUCUCGUAGGUAGAUGAUAUACACACAUAGCUCGGGAGCCUGGAACAGUCUCCAAUUCAAAAUGAAAUUUCAUGUGCAUGAUCACAAAGGCAAAUUUUAAAACAUUAUAUUCUCCCUUUUGAAUUUUGUUUUCAUAGCGUGUGUGUAUGUCAAUCUAGUUAUUUAAGUUUGUUUUAAUUUAUAUACUUGAAGUGAUGAUAAACUCUGCAUUCCCACUCCUGGUAUUGUACUUAUGUGUUUUCCAUUGCAGAUAUUACUGAUAAUGAUGAUAAUGAUCACAGAUAAUUACAAUUUUUAAUUAAUUUCUAUGCUGUUAACUUUAUGCAGAAUACAUGAGCAACUUAACAGGAAAUAUGUGUGUUGGUGUGUGCAUAUAUCAUUGCAAUUGCAAAGGUCACUCACAAACUUAAACACACACUUUGCUUAGUAGCUUAGCAAAAAAACUCUCACAAACACCAACAUACACACUGUAAACACAUAGAGGUGUGUAGUAAGUACACACUAUGCUACAACCCUGGAAAAAACAUGGAAGGGGGAGAAAAGGGGGUCACAGGAACACACGGGAUUGUCUGACGUUGGACUUUUAAAAUGUCAAAACAAUUUAAAAAGGAUCAGCUGUAUAAAAUAUAUUUCAAUGGAAUGUUUAUUUAUCUUUUUAUAUUUUUGAAACUGUGUAAAGAAAAAAUGUUAAUAAAAAUAAUUUAAUGAAGUUUGUGGAAAAUGACACUUUAAAAUGUUAUAUUAUUAAAAAUAUGAAAGACUGAAUGUGAAUGCUAUCUUACCAGAACAACACUUCCCCAUUGCAGAUAGGAUGAAAAAAAUAAAACAAUAAAAAACAAAAUUACCAAAAAAGUCAAAUUUGAAGAAAAAAAUCUAAAGAAAACAUCAUCAAAAAAUCAAUAAAAAUCACAAAAGCUUCUGCUGUAUUUUUUAAA